AUGGACAACCUUCCGCUGGAGCUGUUGCUGGCCGUCUUUGGCCUGCUAGACACGCCGUCGCUGCUGCAGGCACGGGCAGUGGAGCAGUCGCUGCCGGGCGUGGCGACGCAGCGGGCCCGCUUUGCGCGCCUCGUGUGGAUCUUGGAGCGCCAGUUUGCUGAUGAGCACCAGCAACGGCGGCGGGAUGCAAUCAAGCUGAGAUUGUCCAUGCUGCGGCUUGCCGAGCUGGGCUAUGUUGGAGUAGUGACGGCGGCUGGCACGCUGCUUGCGCCGCUGCUGGUGGACGGCGCGGUGGGGUGGCCGGCUCGGACGGCGCUUGUCCCGCUCGUCCUCUGGCUCCAAGCCAUGGUGCCGCACAUCGGCGUGAGCUCGAUCGAAUCUGCGGGCUGGGUUUGGAUCCUACUGUGGGGCGCCGGAGCCUUGGCUGCGCUCUGCUGUCUCGCCGACGGCGUCUUGCCUGACAUAGUCCCGCACCUGCUCGGCCUCGCUCUGCUGCCGUUGGCGAUGGUGUGGCUGACAACAGCGGGAGGGCUGGCGUGGCGAGGGCUCACUGCGCGCGCCGCAGCAGUCGCCGAUCGCUGCGAGUACCUUGUCCUUGCUGCACUGUCGACACUUCCUCUGGCGUCGCUUGCGGCUUGGUUCCAGGGCACGGCUACAGACGACGCGUCUCCGUGGAGCCGCCAGGCGCCGCUGCUUGUGGCGAUCGCCGGCUCCCUCCUCCCGCGGUUCAGCAUCCGCUGGCUUGGCUCGAGCAUCGAGGGCGAGAGCCCGCUCUUCCUCCGCAUCCACAGCGUCGGGCUCCCGUUCAGCCGGGAGGUGAUGGCGCGGCUCCACGCGACGCUGGCCGACAUUGAGGUCGUUGCCGUAGGCGCUGGCUGGUAUGUCGUUUCGGGCACCGCUGUCGCCGCCACCACCUCGUCGUUCUUCUGGGUCAUGACUGUCCCGUACAUCAUACUUGCCACCAUCGUGCCCUCGCUCGCAGCCGUGGAGAUCAGGCGGCACAAGUGGCUGUAUCGUGGCAUCCUCCGCGGCAUCCUCCCAUCUCGGAUGGCCUCGCUCGGGGCGCGGCACAAGUAUCUCUUAUGCCAGCCACCACUUCGCGACUUUUCCGGAGAGUCUCUUGUGCUAAAGUAG